GGAGGCAAGCCGGGACCCCCGCGCCGGCCCCGGGCACUUUCUCACUCUGCACGAGCACGUUGACGCGAGCUUAAUGCCAGGGACUCCAGCCUGCACCGGCGCUGCAGCGUGUUGGGAGACAGCACCCGGCUCUCCGGAAGCAUGGCUCAUCCAGAAGAGCAACAGGCUGUCCCCUGUGCCUUCAUCCGCCAGAAUUCCGGCAACUCCAUCUCCUUGGACUUUGAGCCGGACACAGAGUAUCAGUUUGUGGAGCAGCUGGAAGAGCGGUACAGAUGUGCCUUCUGCCACUCGGUGCUUCACAACCCCCACCAGACCGGCUGCGGGCACCGCUUCUGCCAGCACUGCAUCCUGUCUCUGAGAGAGCUGAAUGCAGUGCCAAUCUGCCCGGUGGACAAGGAGAUCAUCAAGCCUCAGGAGGUGUUCAGAGACAACUGCUGCAAAAGGGAAGUCCUCAAUCUGUACGUCUACUGCAAGAACGCCCCUGGGUGUGAUGCCAGGGUUACUCUGGGACGAUUCCAGGACCACCUCCAGCACUGCCCCUUGCAGGCCGUGCCCUGCCCCAACGAGCGCUGCCACGCCGCCGUGGCCCGGAAGGACGUGCGGGAGCACCUGCGCGCGGCCUGCCGCUUCCGGCAGGAGCGGUGUCCGCACUGCGCGCGGGCCGUGCUGGCGGCCGGCCUGCAGGAUCAUGAGGAGAACGCGUGCCCUGCGUACCCAGUGUCUUGUCCCAACAAGUGUGCGCUGACUAUUCCACGAGCGGAGGUUAAUGAGCACCUUGCUGUGUGCCCUGAGGCUGAGCAGGACUGUCCCUUUAAGCACUACGGCUGCGCCAUCAAGGGUAAGCGCGGGACCUUGCCAGAGCAUGAGCGCGCAGCCCUGCAGGACCACAUGCUUCUGGUUUUAGAGAAGAACGUCCGGCUAGAGCAGCAGAUCUCUGACCUCCAGCAGAGUCUGGAGCAGAAGGAGAGCAAGAUCCAGCAGCUGGCGGCCACCGUGGACUCGUUCGACAAGGAGCUGAGGCGCUUCACACAGAUGUUCGGCAGGAAUGGAACCUUCCUCUCCAACGUCCAGGCGCUGGCCGGCCACGAGGACAGGUCGGCCCGGCUGGAGGCGCAGGUACAGCAGCUCCUGCACACUGUCAGCCAGCAGCACAGCCGACGGGACCUGCGGGCCCUGGUGGACGCCGUCGACAGCGUGAAGCACAGGAUCGCCCUGCUAGAGGCCAGUGGCCAGAGACUGGCUGCUGUAGAGGAGGAGACCAGCAAACACGACGCGCACCUCAGUGUGCACAAGGCUCAGCUGAGCAAGAACGAGGAGCGCUUCCGGCUGCUGGAGGGCGCGUGCUUCAGUGGCAAGCUCAUCUGGAAGGUGACAGGCUACGGCGCCAAGAAGAGAGAGGCGGUGGACGGCCACGCCGUGUCCAUCUUCAGCCAGCCCUUCUACACCAGCCGCUGCGGCUACCGCCUGUGCGCCAGGGCCUACCUGAACGGGGACGGCUCGGGGCGGGGCACGCACCUGUCCCUGUACUUCGUGGUCAUGCGCGGGGAGUUUGACUCGCUGCUGCAGUGGCCCUUCCGGCAGAGGGUGACCCUGACACUCCUGGACCAGAGCGACAGGAAGAACCACAUCGUGGAGACCUUCAAGGCGGACCCCAACAGCAGCAGCUUCAGGCGGCCGGAGGGCGAGAUGAACAUCGCCUCCGGCUGCCCCCGCUUCGUGUCGCACGCCACGCUGGAGAACGCCAAGAACACCUACGUCCGAGAUGACACCCUGUUCCUGAAGGUGGCUGUGGAUCUGACCGACCUGGAGGACCUGUAGAUGCCCUGGAGGGGCACCCUGGGCACAGCCCAGAGGGGGCCGUCCGCAAGCCCAGCCCUUUGGACUGAACACCUUUGUUCUUGUCCAUUUGCCUUACGUGUCUGGAGUGUCAAAUCUUUUUACCUUGGAUCCCUCCCCUAUUUGAAACUUAAAUCUCCUGGGAUGUUGCUGUUAUUUAUAUUUUUAUAUCUUCCAAAAAAUUAUAAUAAUUUGACAAUAA